CAGGCAGUUGGGUCUCCUUAUUAUUCCUUCGUGAGGUACCCUAACUUUAUUUAUGACCAACGAAGAACCACUAAAUGAUAAAAAAAAAGAAUUUUUGGUAAAUGUCAAAAAGUGGAGUGCAACGUGAAGUUAGCACUCCAACUUCAAAAACUGCAGUUUUUACCACCAAACAUAAAAAACCACCACCUUAUAAACACCACAAAAAUGUACAAUUUGCAAAUUUUGGAGUGUCAACUUCACCGGCGUGUCCACUAAUAUACGUCGAUUAAGUCGGCGUAUCAUGCCCUAUUGUGGAGAGGCCUUUAAAAAAUUCCAAACUAAUUAACCCAUGUGAACCGCGAACUGUCAUAAUGUCAUUAGUGGGAUUUUUAGUGUUGGCGGUGUUGUUGAAAAGAAAUGUAGUCAGCAGUAAAAUUUGAAAUUCUGAAAUAACGAAAUCCUAUCAGUUCUUAAUCUUAAAAGGAUUGAAAGGGUAUAACGUGAAUGAAAGUCGUAAUCUUGCGAGCACAAUCGAGCAAUGUAUUGAACAUAAGCAUAACGUAUAAGCGAGGUCGAAUAAACAAGUUUCUUGUUACAGUUUGGUCUAGUUCUUGUUAAUUUCAUAUUCUGUUUUAUAUCAUUAAUUUUUGAUCAGUAUGUACUAUGACUCUAAAUAAUGGAGAUGACAGAAAUUCGAAACCUCGUUAGAGAUUUGGAUCUAACCCUUCAACCUCGGACUGCUCCACGUUACAAAGUGUGGCUCCAACUUGCAACACAACAGCUGCGCUUUCGGAGUCUGAUUCAAGUAAUCGGACAUAAUUUGAAGAAACGUGAGAAGUGCAAAACAUGUUGGUUCUAUUAUACUAUCCAUAGAACAUGCAUGUCCUCUCCUUCGUAUACCAGUGAACCAAUAGACAGCUCAAGUCCACGAUGGGAAAGUCUGGAAGUGCCUAUUUUACAUGCCACAGGGCAUUCCACAGCCAGCGAAAUAAUUUUAAGGCUAUGGAGGCGAACAAAGGCAGGAAAUCCAUCUUCGGAUGUCACCGUAUUCACAUGGGGCAUAUCCUUCACUGGUUUAUCGUAUAUCGGAUCCAAACUUCCGAAAGAUCUAGAAAACAUCCUCCGUGAUAAUUCUCUCAUAUUCAAAAUUCAAGGCGGCUUCUUUGUACCUGCUUUUUGCUUCGUAGAUACACCAGAAUUGAAAAGAUUCACUCAUAUAAGUGUAAAUUCUACUGAAGUAAAGGAUAGUUACAGCGUCAACAAGCUUUGUAGUUUACGGAGUAAAAUGCAGGCUUUAAAACAACAAUCGGAUUCCGUUCAAGCCCUCAGGGAAAAAAUUGCUUCUGGGGACAGUGUACAGAUACCGAGAUAUCCUCAAUCAUCGUUGAAUAGACUAUUGCAGCCAAAGAAAGUUAAUAGAGAAAAAAAAGUCGAGAUUUUCAGAGUGCGUAAGGAACUUGAAAUAGCUAAAUUCAGAGCCAAGUUACUGGAACAAGAAAGAGUGAGAAAAAUGAGCGAAGUGAGGAUAUUAAAUCAACUACAUUUAGACAUAACGGAACAAAAUCAAGAUCAUGGUUCUGAAUUAAUGGAACGUUAUCGUGAACUCAAUAAGGAUAUGGAAAGACUUCAAGAAUGGCGACAAAAUCACAUAGAUGUAAGAGAAACUUUCAUCCAAUCAACUGCUAGACUUGCUCAUCGCCGGAGACAAUUGAUUUCGGAAUUAAAUUUAAUAUAUCCUGUUCAUCAGGAGUCUGAUGGAAAAUUCAGGAUCAACAAUGUAUUUUUACCAGAUAGCGAAAGCUUGGAAUCAACUAACGAUACUGAUGUAGCGGUUGCUCUCGGAUUUGUUGCUCAUACCACGCAGAUGAUUGCAAAUUUCCUUAAUAUACCUCUGAGAUAUCCUAUUGUACAUUACGGAUCAAGAAGUAAAAUUAUUGAUCAUAUUACAGAAAGUCUUCCUGAUAGUGAUAGACAAUUUCCUUUAUUUGCUCGAAGUAAAGACAAAUUACACUUUCAUUAUGCUGUUUAUCUCUUGAAUAAGAACAUUGCACAGCUACGAUGGUACUGUGGACUUCCUACGGUGGAUUUGCGAGCCACUUUGCCAAACCUCUCCAGUCUAAUCAAUGCAAGAUCAAAUGAGCCGCUCGACAGUUCAAAACGGACUUUCUCUGUUUCAUCUUUGGACGCAGAAAUACCUAAUAACAAGCUGUUAACGCCUCCGUUAGAGAAAAUAUUGUUCGAGAAAUGCCACAGAACAACUGCAUCAAUGAGUCAAUUGAAAGCGUCGAAAACGACAUUAGGCUCUUCUCUCGAUCAAGGCCUGGACAAGCCUAUUCAAUCCCUUAAUCUAAAUAGCCAGUCGAAACGUAUUUGUAAAUCUGCAGAAAGUGCCAUUGACUAUACAACCCUAACUUUACCUAGAGAUACGUCUAGUAUUAGUAGCAACGAAACUUUGAACGAAACUGUGUUUAAGAAUCUAAGGGAUAGAAAUAGUAGUCACCAAACGUCGUUUUCGAAAUUCAUGGACGAAGGUUUUAUGGAGAACAAUAUUGAAAUUACCAUACCAACUUCUGUAUCAAAACCAAAGACUAAUUCGAAUAACGAAGAAAGUUCCACAAUGAGACAGAGAAGUUCAAAUUCGAUUAGUAGCUGUGAAAUGGCACUCAGCAACAGUCAGUUCGAUGGUGAAGAAAGCUCGAAUGGUAAUUCGGAAAAGUACAACGAUCAACUGGAAUAUAGUUCUACAAAUAAGGAAGAUGCGAUGAGCCAGUCGUAUUCGAUUAGUGAGAGUUAUCCAGUGGUUUUAAACACCGAGACAGUUAACGCUGUUGUCUGUGAAGAAAAGGAUUCGCUUUUGGCAAGUGAAACAAAAUGUAACGACUGUUCGGUUUUCUCCAAAGAAAUCACUGACUCUACAUUGUCUUUAGAUGGAAUUGUGGAAUAUACUGAGAGAUCAGAGCAAAAGCAAAGAGCCAUCUCAUUUUGCAGUGAUCCUGCCGAAGGUCGAACGUCACCUAAAAUCUUCGCAAGGAAAAGAUAUGAUUCGGAAUCGAGGAAAGAUCAGGAGGAAACACAAAUACUUCUUGAAAAUUUGCAUAGGAGUGGUUUCGGCGUUGGAAAACAUGCUGAAAAAACAGAGACUGACAUUUCCGAAAUGGAAACACCGAAAGAGGCUCGACUAACAUACUUUCAAAGCAAAAAAGAAGAAACAAUGCCGAAUGAUUUUCAAGCUUCUACUGAAUAUAUAGAUUCAAUCAGGAAAAGCUCAGAAAACGUAUUUGCUCGUACAGAAGCUCUGGCUAAUAAAAGCACCAGCUUUAAAGUAAUGAGACCACGUUUUUAGUAACGGAAUCGACGUGCGUUUAAAGACUUUCGAGUUUUCUUCGUUGUCUAAUACGUUUCAAGAUAAUAUUAUAUUUUAUUUGAAUAAUGUAUAUUAGGUACAGGGAAACAAAGUUCAACUUUUUAGACAACGAAGGCGAAAUUGAAAACUGUAUAUUUUAAUGCUUUGUUCAGAAUAUAUCAAAAGUCGUGUUAUCUCGUGAUAUUAAGUAUUUAAAAACUAAAUGUUUAAAGAUUAUUUAUAGAAAAAAUUAGACUAUUAAUUUAUUGCGUGUAUUAAGUACUGUUGAUGUUUUAUCUAUUAUUUUGUUAUUUUUUGGGAUAUAGUUUCUACUAGCUGAAGAAAUGUAAGCUUGCAGCUUUUUUUAUAAUUGCCAGAUGACACUAUUUUCAAGAAGUUGAUACAUUUUAAAAACGUCUAAAAAAUAUAGUAUUUACGAAUUUUGAAGUUUAUCAUAUUGCAAAUCAGUUUCAUCAUCAUUUUUAAGAUUAAAAUUUUCUCUACACAUUACGUCGUAGUAGUAUUGUGUUUACACGUGGACCAACUAUGCGUAUCUUCGUUUUACUUAUAUGGCGUUAGCGAUUACUUGCUAUCGCAAAUUUGUAUAGUGAAGUAGACAAAUAAAUCAUGAGUAGUCAUUCCUUUAUAAUAA